GUUUUUCACGACAACAACAACAACAACAGCAGCAACUUUGCGUUCGUUUUGGAGCUCGAAAUUUUACGUAAUUGUAAUUUUGGGAUUUUAACUUGUUGGCCGAUUGUUUUGCUUCCAAAAUGUCGAUCCUACGCCAGGUGAUGUGCCGGACAGCACCAUCUUCAAUGCAGAUCUGCGUCCGAUAUGCAUCGAAUCAAGAUGUUGCUCCCUUGGAUUUAAACACUGCCUUGGCACGUCCAGAAGAGGUGGAACAACGCAACAAGCUGAGUGGCAAAAUCACUGUGCCCGUUGACGUUAAUCUUAGUCCCAUUUCUGGUGUGCCGGAGGAGCAUGUCAGAGAUCGUCGUGUCCGUAUUCACAUACCACCCAAGAAUGCUAUGCAAAGCGGCACCGAUAAUCUAAGCAAAUGGCAAAUUGAGUUCGAUAAUCGUGAACGCUGGGAGAAUCCACUUAUGGGUUGGGCCUCCACCGGCGAUCCAUUGUCCAAUAUGAAUGUGCAAUUUGGUUCUAAGGAUGAGGCCAUCACAUAUUGUGAACGCAAUGGCUGGCGCUGGUUUGUGGAUGGUGACGACAAGCCAAAGAAGGAGCGCGUCAAGAACUAUGGCGUCAAUUUCUCGUGGAACAAACGUACGCGCGUCUCCACCAAGUAGAUCAAUUUCCCCGGGUGGUAAUGGCUAGCUUAAAUAGCAACUGUUAUAUAUAUAAAGAUCUAUUAAUUUGCUUUCGACACGAUUAAAACUCUUGGAAGAAUACAAAGUGA